AGCGGCGUGCCGGGUAACGCGUCCCCGCCGCGAAUGGCGAGGCGCUUCGGGCCCUCCGCUCCCCGCGCCGGCCGGGUGGUUCCGGUGUGCGCCCCCCGGCCUGAAAGGGCUGCUCCGGCCUUUCCCCGCUCCGCGUCCCUUGGCGCCGGGCGGGCCGAAGCGGCCGCGGGCCCGUGACGUCGGUGGCGUCACCAGGCGAGCGGCAAGGCCUGCGCUGCCCGAACGCCGAGGAUGCGCCCCGCCGUCGCAGGGAGGGCCGCGCCGCGGGCGCCCAACGUGUGCCGCCUGCUCGGCCGCAGGGCCCGCGGGUUUUACGCCCGAGACGCCGGCGUGGCUCUCCGGAAGAACAUGGGGCUCCUGAGAACCAUCCUCUGCCAGGAAAGCACUAAAUUCAAGAACGUUUGGACAACUCAUUCUGCAUCUCCUAUUGCUUAUGAAAGAGGAAGAAUUUACUUAGACAACUACAGAUGCUGUAUCAGCAGCAUUGCACAAGAGCCAAGAAUACUUUAUCAAAAGCCAAAGUGUUCUGAGUCAGAAAAAAUAGAAGAUGCUUUAUUAUUGGAAUGCCCACUGGGGGAAAUGCUACCAAAUCCAUCAGACUAUAAACCUUCCCUUAUAGUCUUAACAGCGCAGAACUGGCUUCUACGUCUCUCUGCUGACUGUGGGGAAAUACUUGAAAAAGUAUACCUUGCGGGUUCCUGCUGCAAAUUCAGGUACCUAAGUUGGGAUACUCCUCAAGAAGUAAUGGUUGUGAAGUCAGCUCAGAAUAAACUCCCUGCAGAAGCACGGCAGGCAGGUAUCCAACAGUCUGUAUUGUUCCAUCUUGCUGUGUUCCAAGUUUUGCCUCUGUCAUUUAUUGGAAUGCUAGAAAUAAACAAAAAGAUAUUUGGCAACAGUGUGACAGAUGUUGCUAUUUCUAAUGGAAUCCUGAUUGUAAUGUAUAGCAUGGGUUUGGUCAGGCUCUAUAACUUCCAGGCCAUCUCUGAACAGUUCAUGGAGCGGCCAUUUGACUUGGGAAGUGAAUUCAAUUGGAAUGGUGAAGUGGGAGUUGUGGGAAAGUAUCCAUUUGGUCUUCCAUGUAACAUUAAAAUAACAGAUACCCCACCUUUGCUAUUUGAAGCAUCUUCUCUGGAGAAUGCAUUUCAAAUUGGAGGCUUUCCUUGGCAUUAUAUCAUCACACCUAACAAGAAAAAACAUAGAGGAGUCUUCUAUAUUUGUUCUCUCAAAGACAAUGCUUUGGCAAAAAAUGGCAUACAAGAUAUGAAAUGCUGUUCGCUGGAACCUGAUUGGAUAUAUUUCCAUCCAGAUAUGUCGGGCAGAAUAAUCCACGUGGGACCAAAUUUGAUAAAAGUCUUGAAACUUAAAGAAGUUGAAAAUAAUACAGACCAAAUAGAAAUUGCAGAAGACUUUAUAAUCACGGCUAACAGAGAAAACUGUGUGAACAACUCUGUUACUGUAACAUCUUCUGGUCGAGUGGUGAAAAAGCGUAUUAACUUGCUGGAUGAUGAUCCAGAACAAGAGGUAACUGAUGUAACAUUCAAAAUUGUAGACUAUGAAGAUGAACUGGAUUUGUUAUCCACUGUGGCAGUUACUGAAAUAGGAGCUGAUGGAAGAGCUCACCUUGAUUUACGCUGUAAUGAACAUGGGAUUCUACUUAAGAGUAUUCCAUUACGGGAAUCCUGGGAUGUGACUUACAGUCAUGAAGUUUACUUUGACAGAGAUAUUGUAUUACACAUAGAACAGAAGCCUAACAGGAAGUUCAGUUGUUAUGUUUACCAAAUGGUCUGCGAUACUGCAAAAGAAGAUGAAUGUUCAAGGCGUGAAAGAACAGAAAGAGUGUCUUGUAAAAAAGGAGGGAGAAUUUUUGAAUAUACUUAAGACAUAACAACUACAGAGACUUCAAUUUUGAUGUUAUUUAAGGACUUCAUAUGUAUUAAUUAGUCAACUACUGUUUUCCAGCCAGUGUUUAACGUAUUGUACCAUUAUACAAGGUUUUAUCUUUUAUUUUUUCCUCUCUCUCUAAUUCUGUACUCUUGUCUGUAGACCAUAAUGGUUUUUCAUGUAUUCACCAGUUCAUUAAUGCUGGAUAUAGCAUUUUUUUGUUCUUUUCAGCAACUGCAUUGAAAUACUGAACAUCAAGAAGACAGAUUUAGGCUUUCUGAUCAUCUACCAUCUGCUGCAUUCUAUCUUAUGUAGUUUUACCUAUGCAAGUUUAAUACACGCUGUUAAUUAAACAAAAUGUGAAAAGCUGUAUAGAAAAACAUGUCUGUAUAGGACAAAAACGGCAGUUAUCGUUACACAAAACCAACAAGAGGAUUUUUUUCUGAUACACGAAACCAUUUGGGUUUUCUAGUUGUGUUUGUUUUGGUUUGAAGAAAAGUAUUAAUAAAUUAUGUAUAUUUACUGCC